GGCAACGCAGGCUCAGGUUCCGGCGCAGGCGCAGAUGGCGGCGCAAACUCGGGUUCCGGCGCAGGCGCAGAUGGCGGCGCAGGCUCCAAGUCUGGCUCGCAAUCUGGCUCGGAGUCUGGCGCAGGAUCUAGCUCGUCUGGCUCGGAGUCUGGUUCGCAAUCUGGCUCGGAGUCUGGCUCAGGAUCUAGCUCGUCUGGUUCGGAGUCUGGCUCGCAAUCUGGCUCGGAGUCUGGCUCGCAAUCUGGCUCGGAGUCUGGCUCAGGAUCUAGCUCGCAAUCCGGCUCAGGAUCUGCCUCGUCUGCCGGGGGAUCUGAUUCUGGCUCCAGCUCUAGCUCUAGCUCUAGCUCCAGCUCCAGCUCCGGCGCCGCUUAGCGUGAUGCCGCCGCCGUGGCCCGCUCGGCUCAUCGCAGCUUUGUGAAGGUUGAUAUUCCCAGCCCCGCACGUGAAAAUACCAUACACGUUCGGACUAGAUAUUCUAACACUCGAAAACCACAGGUCCCACACGAGCGUUAACAGUGAUGCGGUCAACACAGGCCCAGGCCACUAUCAGAUCAAUUGUGUUGUUUUCGGGGUGGAUUGGGGCGGGUUCUAGGGGAGAUUGCCC